AUGGACCAUGACGACAACCACACUGGAGACGAUUCUCCUCUUUCAUCUGAGGAAGUGCUUGCAGACGACUUAAGCAACAGUCUUACCGCAAUUUCGAUUCUCUCCGAUCCUUUUAGCUCAAGUCAAAAAGUACCUGCGGAUCGUUCAGACCUCAUCACCUCGGCGCCCUCCGACCAUCAACCCAGCGAAGGUUCCCAAGAGCUGGAUGAGUUCCACCUAUUUCCAGAACUCAGUCCAGAGCUUCGCACAAUGAUAUGGCGGUACACUUUCCCCGGUCCACAAAAAGUGAACAUCCAUCAUGGAACGAAAGUCACAUAUGAUACACAGAAAGGAAAAGGCCUUGACGAGGGCGUUGACUCGACAGAAUUUCCUAUUGCUCUACAAAUCAACGCCGAGAGUAGAGCAGAGACUUUAAAGCAUUAUAUCUUGAUCCAUCGGGACAACUACGAACAGGUUGUCGAUUUGAAAGGGAACCCUGAUGUCACUCUCCAAUCAAGACCCACUCUUCAAUCGAGAGUUGAUCUUGCAACGCAUAAAGUUGCAACCGGUUCUCAUCAAGCUCUUGGAAAUCAUUUUGCUUAUGCCAAACUUGUCGAAACUUUGCUUUCAUAUCGACCCUAUGACCUGUACUUACCGAUUGUCGUCAAAUUAUUGGGAAACAGCAGAGUUAAAGAAGAAAAUCCUUUCCGUCUUGGGUAA